AUGGCGUCUCUUUCUCACGGCCUUUCAAUAAACAUCUACGGUCGCGGCGACUCCAAGCUCGGCGAUGGCCCUUCGCACAUGGGAGUCGCCAUCUACAAGCACGGCUCCUCAACCUGCGAAAUGCACCACAUACGCAACCCUACAGACGAAGACUUCAUCUACGAUCCACGGACACAGCCGCUCGAAGACCCAGUCCUGAAAGGUCGCUGCGAGCUUGCUUCUCUCUCUGCCGAGCAGAGCCAACAAACUGCGAGUCUGAUCACCGCGUUUGGGAACGACGAAUCUAACAUACCCGAGUUCGGGAUUGGCAAUUGCCAAGACUGGGUUGCUGGUGCUGUUCGAAUGCUUGAGCAGGCUGGUGUUGUUCCAUCUGGAGAAGGGGAGUUCUGGAAGAGGAUGGUUAAUCGGAGUUCGGAGGAAAUGAAGAAUGAGUGUCUGCGGGCGGGGAAGAAAUGGAUAGAUGGUCCAGAGUCGACGUAUGAAGGAGAGCCGGAUGCAAGAUUUUUCGAUCGAGAACAGAGUACAGUGAAGCCUGUGGGGAAGUUGGUUCAGAAUGAGGCUUUUUGGGCGCGAAUGCAGUCGCUUCUGGGACCGACAGGGAGUGGGGAGAGGGAGCAUGAUGCGACACCUGUUGAGCGGCCGUUUUAUGUGUCGAGUCCUUUCUUUAGCAAGAUGAAUGAGUGA